GUUGUCGCAUAAUCCGCUUUCAUACUCCAGUCCAUUGCUCGUUUUUUUAAUUGUAGAUACUUUUUGCUUUUUCAUUUGGGGCGUAUUCUGAUGGAGCUCGAACGACCCAGGCCAACGACAGCAAAGAAGGCCAAAGCCAAAGCCAGCGUCGUCGUAGCGCACGAUGAUGAGGCGCCUGCCAGUCACGCCGCUGCAACUACGGCCACUGUCGAGCACACACAGGAUGCUGCUGCGGGGACUGCGGCGGUGGUGGUCUCGGUGGACGACCCACAGCCAAGCGAGCAAGCUGCGUCAUCAUCGGCGACGACUGCCGCUCCCGAAGCUGUCUCGUCUUCUGCUGCUGUUGCUGCUGCAACUGCGUCUGCUACUAGUACUAGCGCUGCUACUGCUGAUGCUGAUGUGGCUGUGGCGGUGACAGCAGCAUCGCCGCGGGUCGACGCGGUGAAACAGUCAGACCAUACCGCGUACAAGUACCCUGCGAUGCGAAUGUCUCAGCAGCAGGUCGCAGGCCUUCACAGCUUUGAAUCGGCAAUGCUCGCCUUCCCGGAACAAGCGGACGAGGCGUCAGCGCCAGUGAUGGACUAUGACCAACCCAAUCCCUACACGGCGUCGACAGAGGUACCCAGUAGCGCUCCGCCCGCUGGCGAGAUGCUGUUUGAUGCCGUGGCAGCCACCGCGCCGGCCGGCGAGUUUGAGCACACGCACGUGAGCUUUGAGCUGGAAGCCCCGCAAGAAACCGUUGCGACAGCGCCGGCGUUAUAUCCUUCGCUCGCUGCUCUGGAAUCUGAGAUUUCCGAGAGCUUGGAUGCGACGCAAGAGAACGUGCGGCAAGCACUCACAGAAUCCGAGCUUGCAGCCUUGUAUGACAACAAGCUGUUGACGGACCAACCUGAACUCACAUCGUCGUUCCUCAAGCGAUUGACACGGCCUCAUUCUGAAUUUUAUGCGAUGGUUGAACGGUAUCGCGACGCGUUAGACCGGUUGUACGUCUCCCGCAAGGCCGUAGAGUUGUUUGAAAAGGACAGCCGAGAAGCAGAACAAUUCGUUUGGUCCUUUCGCAAAAUUGCACUCAAACAAGAAGGCGUCUGCGGGGAUGGCACGCGCGUCUCUGGAGGCUUGACCCACGAGGUAGCCGAAAUCAAUCAGCAGCGACUGCAAGAACUGCGAGAAUCUCUCGACAAAGCGCGACGAGAGCGUAAUUUUACUCAUUUGGAGUACGACUACGAAAGCCGAAUUGCGUUUCUCCAAAUUUGCCUCUAUCUGGAUGAGUUUCUGGCCGAAUCCGCUACCUUUACGCAGUUGACACCUGCAUCACCUGUUGUGUCGUUGCCAGACGCGACAACAUCCGCUCGUCCCGAUGUAGAUCUAUUGAAACGGUUCCUCGAUGUGCUUUUUAUCUUUUUGCGGUCGGAUCCACCGAUAGAAGAGUUCCGGCAAUCGCUUCGACAGUGGAUUGACCAGCUGGCCUCCGUUUUAUUGCGGUGCGCUUCUGUGAGCGACCAUCGCUACCUCCUGCUGCACUUGGUUCGCUGCCGUGGAGUUGGCGAAUGGGGAUCCCGGCUUUUGCAGUUUCCCGAGCAGUUGGACGACGGCGGAGUUGACUUGUUUGGAGUCCAGCUGUCCACCCUGCUCUCGCCGCUGUAUGUGGCGGCGGCGAGCUCCGCUUCCCGGGAAUCCAGCGCUGCCGCCCCUACAUUUUCGGUUGCCGCGGAGCUGCAAGGCGGACAUCCGUCGGUGUCGAAUGAGCACGCCGACUCCCCGAUGGAGUUGCUGGUCAGUGCGCCGUCCUCGCCCGCCCAGCAAACCGUCGAGCCUGCGACAGCACCCGUGUUUCCGCCUCCUCUUUCCGCCGCUGGUCCCACUUCAACAGCUCCCAAGCCAGAAGGGGCCUCUGGUGGAAAUGAGUGGGUCGUGGUCGAUACAAGCUUUAUGCCGGAACCGUCGUCUGCCUCCGUCGACUCGCAUGUGGUGACUCCCGCGCCAGAUGCUCCCGGAUUGCCACCAGCCGUUCGCCCAAGCGUGCCAAUCGUGGCUGGCCCUCGCCGACUCUAUCCGCGCUUUGGCGCGUGCGUGCUGAAUGAAGACGACAUGGUCGCAUUGCUGGAACAAUUCCCGUUCGGUCGGCUGUUCUCUUUCGUGCUCAACAUUCACAUGGAAGCACAUCCGUUGCCAGUGUCGGCAAACGAGCGGCAUGGCCCCUCUGUGGCUCUCGGGUCGCGCUUUGCGGCCCCGCGCAACAACAAUAAUACUCACACCUCGACCUCCAACACGGCGAGCCGCUCGUCUUCCAGCGUCCAUCGCGUCACUCACGACGUAACGCAUCAAUCUUCACAAGGCUUGCUCCGGCUGCUGGCCUAUGGCACGCAUUUUGUGCAGUUGCUCGCGUCCGUGUUCGCCAAAGUGCCUCCGAGCGGAAAUGGUCAUCUCCUCAAGCGAAUUGCUCGCACCAUCACCCAAUCUGUCCAGUUCGUCUCGGCGCAUUGGAUUCUCUAUCGUCAGUCGCUUGUUCAUCUCAUCCGCCAACACGAGCAGCAGCGGGCCAACGUCGAUGGCGGUGCCGCGCGAUUCAGCGAGACAACGCGCCCUGCUGCCCAGAGCUACCAAGCAACCCACCCCAUGUCCGCUGGGGCUCCGGCUGAUUACUAUUCUCCCAUUAUCGCUGGCCUCCAGCUCGAAUCCCCCAGCACUGCCGAGUUUUACCGCCAAAUCCAGUCCCCAUGCAUGCACGCUAGCUCCGCUCCACAUUUGGCUGCCGAAGCGCGGCGGUUGCAUGAGGACUUGGCCAUCCUGUCGCUCGAGUACGACCAGUUCUUGCUGCGAGCGGUUCGUUCGUUCCUCGGGGCUCGGGGCACGGGUGUUUGGCAGUUCCUCUGUGAUCUUCCGUUCGAGUGUGUUUCCGUCAGCACGCGUUGGGAAAUUUUCUUGCUCCUCUUCACUGGUCGUCUUGAGGUUCGUCACAACAUUGACUAUCAACUACUACGGGUUCGCGACUAUGGCACCUGGAAGCGAUUCAUGCAACGAGAACCCCUCUUCCGUGAACGGUUUGCGGACAUUGUGAUGAGCAUGUCCGCAUCUGAGGCCAUCUUCCUGUUGACCACUUUUGCCAAUCUUGCGGGCGCUUUAAGCACAGAUUCCUCGGCAACGCGACUUGCUUCAACUGUGGGCGGUGCGAGCAAGACGGGUACACCCAUUGAGCGACUCUUCAACACGCUCCAUUCGGCUCGGUCGCCCACCACGGCGGCGGACAGCCUUGACGAAUCUGCCUCGGGCUCUCUCGCCGGGUUGUCGCCCGUGACCCAGCUGGAUUUGCGCGCGCAUCUCGAGCUCGUCACUGUGAUUGUCGAAGAGCUGUUCGAAGUGUCGUACGUGAACAUUUUGACGCGCGAGCUUUGCCACAAGUCCGGGCACGACCUGAUUGGCGUGGUGUCCCAGCGCCAUCCCAUCGUCGUGUCCAUGCUGCUCGAACGCGUUCGUACCGAUAUUGAUGCUCUGGGCUCUCCGGUGCUGGCGCUUUUCCAAGGCUUGGAGUACUCGCGCUGGCAUCUCACCGAGGACGACUUUCUCGUGUUGCAAAGCAUGCUCCUUGCCCCGCUCGGCUCACUGCGCAUCCGUCUUGCUCAGCACGUGAUUCAGCAGAUGAACUGGGGUACGGUUGCGCCACUUCAGGCUCAGUCGCUUUUGGGAUUGGCCGCGCAUCCGCCGCUGCCGCCUUCAUCUCAGCAGCAUCCACCCGUGCCCCACCGCAUUCCACUCAACUCGGACAUGUUGUUCCUCGACACAACGUGGCAUUGGCGUUUCGCACUCUUGCUUCUGCAGGCCAACCACUUUCACGUGCCACCUGCCACCACUUACCUGAGCCAGCUGAAUGCUAUUGCGCAGCGAACGCUCGGCGCAGCAGAAAUUGUCUUUGGGGAGUGGGCUUGGUCAACCAUGUUGAGGUUGGAACUUCGAUUGCCUGCAGGCGCACCACGCCCUUCCCACCAUGGCUCCCUCGGGCCACAAGCGCGUGACUUUCCGUGGAUGUCCACUACCAUGCUGCAACGACGCCAGCUUCCCCACGACAAGGCUCGGGUCCAAUCAACGUCGCAGCAACCGCUACAGCAGUCGCAGCAGCAGCAGCAGCCUGAGCAUCCAAACAACGAACGAUCCGAAUGGGAGCAAAAGACGCUCCGCAUUGCACACUUGAUGGCUGAUCGCCCGCUGGCGCCAAUGGAGUUGUCCGAUGAGCGCGCUGCCGCCAUUGUGCAAGCACAGGAUGUCCCGCUCGGCAUGUACUGUGUGCUGCAGAUGACAAAGUUGGGAUAUGCGGAGAAUUCGAUCGACGCAGCGAGCUUUGAAAAGCUGGUUCAACUGCAGCAGUGGUACCGCUUUGACGGUGUAAACCGCCUCUUGCACGACAUGCUGCCAGUUUGGGUCGAGCGUCGAGCGCAAGCGCUUGCCAACAUGCCCGAGUUUGUCUCCAUUUUGGAAGCGCAAGUUCGUGCAGACGCCUCCAUGUUUAGCAACCCGUUGAGCCUCGCCAUGCAGAAAGUCAGCCUCUUGGCACCGUCGGCGCCAACGGAUUUCCUCGGACAGCUCGUGCGCCUCAUUCAUCGACUGGUGCUUGUCGACGCCGACUCUCCUGUGGCUCAGCGACAGUGGACAGAGUUCUUUGCCCUCGCGUUGACAGCCAUUCCUGGCUGGUACAACCGCAACGAUGUCCGCCUUGUGGUGGAUGCGCUUUGCCGCGUCUCUAUGGUUGUUGGUUGGCAUCCUUGCGUGCUCUCCACGCUGCUGGCCCGCUACACUGCGCUUCAAGGCGAUCGUGGCACCAACCAAGCACCGCUCGCUCAAAACAAUGCUUCUGCUGGCGGCGCGUCCUCGUUUUUCAGUCCCUUGUUGAACUUGAUCUCUGCGGCCACGUCCAAAGCGCUGCCUGCCGCGCCCAUCAGCUUUUUGAACAAUCCACAAAACUGGUCCGUGUCGUCGCUCAUUCCCUUCUUCCGCCCGGUGACGCUUCCCGGCAAGUUCCCGUGGCUGGCAUUCCAGGUUUUGCUCAUGGAAACAUGCCAAGAAACGAGCGUUCGGAAGCUCUUCUCGGGACUCUUGCUGAGCGAAAUUCGAAUGUCGCCCGACGCCGUCCACCGGUCGCAUGUCGAAAAGGCGCCACAGCUCGUCCCACUAGAGCAGUUUACCAUCUACAAGUGGGCAUACUAUGCCCUCAAUCUGCCAACAAGCUGCCCCGUCUUGCCGCUGUUCUGGCAAAUGUUCUUUUGGCUUUACUUUGAAGCGUUUCCCAAUCCGUACGCUGUUGGGGGCCAGCGUGCGCCCCAGGGCACCAAUAGCAUGGCACCUGCCAGCAUGUACUUUAUUGGCCAGCGUUACUUUAGUGCCACUCAGCGAGAGAUUUUGGAUCAGAUGCGGCUUCGGCUGCACCAGUUGCUGGAUGUCUAUCGAACGCUUGCAGAGUCGACGCCGAGCGAGGGAACUGCUGGCGGCGCGGGAACGGGCGUGGGCGACUUGCCAGUGAACUCUGGUGCAGCGGCGCUCUCACCGUCGUCGUCCAGCGCUGCCCUUCUAGCGGCGCGCUCGAGCCAAAUCACUUCGACUGGCGGUCGAUUCAACGUGUCCCCGCUUCAUCUGAUUGCGGCAGAGGCAGGCGCCGAAGACCCGAUCGACGUUCGCAUUCCCCACACUCGCGCCUACUAUCUCGAGCUUGCCACGCUCUAUGAGGCCAUGUUGAACUGGAUCAAGCAGGAGGCACUCAACCCGUUGCUUGUGUACGAUGCGCGACAGCCUGCGUUUUGGCAACUUCAGCGUCUCGCGACCGUGCAACACUCGUCCCAGAACUGCGACCCGGAGACGGUCGCGCAUGCGCCCUGGAUGGAUGUUCUUCCACGCUCGGCUCUUCGCGCAGUUCUGACCGCCUACUCGUCCAACGGACGCCGCGGCGGCAGCGGCGGCGGCGAUGCGGCGUUGUUGGUGCAGCCUACUGCGCGCAGCUCGCCGCGCAGUGAGACAACCGAGUCCCUGUCUGACGAGGUCACGAUUGCCAUUGGUGGAGGCUCCUCCGCGACAACGGCCUCGUUGGCUGGAAUUUACAAGGAGCUUGCGCUCAAUCUUGCAGUCCGCCACCCGCCUCCCCGCCUCAUUCCUGUCGUGCCGCAGGAGGCCAUCUCUGCCAUCUUUUCCUUGCAGUGCGAAAGCGACAUCCUGCCAAUUGUUCAAGACGAGAUGAAUGUUCUCGGUCGCGCUGCACGGGCGUUUGCCACUCGUCUGGCAGUGCUCGUGGCCCGGGAUGCAGAUUUUCUCGACCUUCUGCCGACGCUGUACUUUAACCGGCAGAUGGAAACCAUUGUGCCCGUUCCCUGUGACCAACGCAAGCAUGCCAGAGUGUGCUCUGCCCCAGCACAGAUCAAGUUCAAGUACCGCCUGCGCGAAACGGACGAACGGACAUCGCACUUGAUUGACGCCAACCGCAACGCGGUUCAUUCUCUCCCUGCAGGAGAGGCGUUUGAUCUCGAGCAAGUGUGUCGCGCCGUGUUGCAAAUUCUGCGAGUUGUUCGGGCCUUGCACAGCAACGCGCAGCGCCCGAUCUCAGCUGCUCCCAAGCUUCAAGCGGCCGGUCGGCACAUUUUUUAUCACAUUUUGUCGCUCAUCAGCGACAGCUGGGAACAGUAUGCGCCCACCCGGUCGUUCCUGCGAGAAGUGCUGACGCUGCUUGGUGAAAGUUUUGUCGCGUCCAUUCCCUCGGAAACACAGCAUCUCUGUGAUCGCAUGCUGCGCGCCCCAGUGACCAUGGUCCCGUAUCUGGCCCACCUGUUCCAUCCUGCUAACGUGCCGGAUGCGUUCGUGCCCAUGUUUGUUCGUGUUGUUGGACUGCUGUGCGACCAGCGCGGAAAUGGAGUGUCCAAGACCACCACCACCAGCAGCAGCAGCAGCAGCAGCAGCAGCAGCAGCAGCAAUGCCACCAGCAACAGCAACAGCAACAGCAACAGCAGCAAAAAUCUCACCGACUUGGCAGCUGCUGGGGGAACAGAGGCAAACGGAGGCAACUCGGUCGUUUCGGCGCUUGAGCGGGUGGUAAUGCGCUUCCACGUGCAUGAAUGGCUCGGCGCAGCAACCUCCGCGCGUGACGGGCAAACUCUGAAGGACGAAAUCCAGCUUCUCGGCGCGCUUGUUCGCGCGCUUUGCGAGUGUGGUGCUACAGUCCCCGCCCAUUAUGCUGGCAUCUUUAAGCAUUGUCGCGAGAUGCUGGUCAACUUGCUGUCAUCAACGGGGCUCUCCCUCGUCACUGAAACCAUUCGUCUGCUCAUUGCCAGCUCGGUCGACCAGCAGAUCGAUGCUCAGAUUUGGUGGGAUGUCUUGCUCAUCUACUAUGGCUUCUCGCUGACCUCUGAACCCGAGGCGUUCCAACAACAGAGCGACCUGGAUGGUGACGACGACGAUGACGAGGCAAGCCAUGAGCCUGCCUCUGUACCCAAUGCAGCGACAGCAGCCAUCAACCAGAGCGACGCACGCCUCCUCCCCCGCUCCUGGCAGCAACUCACGCAGGAGGCCAGCCUUGUGAGCGAACUGUUGUUCUAUCACCGCAAACGCCUGGGAGGCUCGCUGCAUCGCUCGCUCGGUGCGUACGUCGACCCUGUGCUCGAACUCUCGCGACAGCUCGUGCGAAUGGCCUGUCGAGCCAUCCUUGCCGAAGCCCACGUCCAGUCUCGCGGUGCCUAUAGCACAGAGUCUGGAGGCAAUAUUGCCAGCUUGGCAAUUGAUCCCGACGCCAUGCAAGCCAUGUUGGCGAUGCUGCACGGCGCUUGGGACAUGGUCCAACAGCUGUAUGGGCCGUGGGUGCUCGCGACCAAGGACAUGCCAGAACCAUGGUUGUCUGGCGGCGUCAAGUCUGUGCAAGUGGCAACGAAGGCCCUGACGUCCAUGUGCUCGGACAUGUCGAGCGUGCAUGAUACGCUCUUUAUGGAUGCCAUCACGCUCGAGUGGUUCUGGUCGUUCUACACGCACAGCAUUGUCAGCGUGGCGCCUCAGUCAUGCCUUCUCCUGUAUCAUCAGUCGUUUGCCCAGCUUCCGUGGCACCGCUUGCGCCUUGAUCUCGAGACGAUCAACAAGUUGGUGCUUCUCAUGGACACGCGGCCGGCCGAGUCCUGCGAGUUUAUUGCGCGCGUGCUUGGUCCGCUUUUGUUGAGCGAUCCUGGUCGGCUGCAGUUUGCCAUUACUCAGCGCCAGAUGCAUGAUGACUUGCAAAGCCAAUUCCAGGCUCAGCAACAUCCGUACCACCAGCAACCACCUGCUCCGAGAGCGUACGGCAACGCCUUCUUUGCUGAGCUUUUGCGGCUCUUCCUCCGGCUUGUCAACGAGGUCUCGGGCCCAUCCCAAGAGUCGCUGGUUCAGGUGGCCACCAAAUCGAAUGUGCUGGCAUGGGGCUUGCUGUCCGUGCCGGCCUACCAAUCAGUCGCGUUCGACAACAUGGCCCGUGGAGCGGCCGACUCGCUGCUCGAAACAAAUUCGCGGUCAUUCCACGCCAUGCGCCUGCUGCAGACGGUUGGAGACUUUUCCCUGAUCGAGGGCGCGGUCGAGCUGCCGCGACUGGAGGGGGCCGUUGGGAAGCUCGCCGUCUUUAUUCGCUACUGUGUGCGCGCGGUGGCCAAACUUGCCAACGUUCCUCUCAACAGCCUGUCCACGUUUUCACAGCAGCUCAUGGGUCACAUUUGCAACCUCAUCAUUGUCGCCACCUCUUCACGGCUGUGCGGCGCGCGCCUGCUGGACGAUUGGACGAGCCUCCUGCUCGCAGACGUGCUCGAGCUGCUCAACACAUCCAAGGCCAGCGAGGCUGUUGUCAACGCGUUCGCCCAGUCGCUUCCAGAAUUUUUGGAUCGGCCCGAAUCGACGCCACUCGUGCUUCCAACCAUUUCUGCGGCGUGUCGGAUUGUCGGGUCGUCGCGUCGACUGGCCUGGCUCCUCGAGGGUGUCAUUCAGCGCUUUUACCUGAUGCCCACGCCGGAUCGGAUUCAACUGCAGCAGUCGUUUGCCCAGCAACAGAUGCAGCAACAGCAGCAGCUCGGCAUGCCGUUGCUGCCGCUCUCGGAUGCGGCAGCGCUCAUUCAAGCUCAUGGCUGGUCUGUGUUGUGUGCUCGCUUGCGCCUCCCCUCGCACAAACUGUCCGCACUUGCCGAGGAGGCGGCAGACCAGGGCUGUGCGCUGACCCUGUAUGCCAUCUUGGCGCAAGCCUUGAUGCAGCUGGGUGGUGGUGCUGGCGUCGCUCAGGAUGGCUUCCAGCUUUUGCAAGCUCCAACUGGCUCGUCGAGUAGCCCCAUGCCCUCCGCGGGCGCAAUGCAACUCCCGGCGUGCGUUUGGCCCUCGCGCCGUGUCCUGUUGCUGGACAUGUUGCGGUGGAUUUCCGUCGUGGCGCGCAAAGGUCAAGGGUGUGAACCCAAGACUGUGCUGCUGCUCCACCGAACCUUGCAACUUGCUUGUGAACAAGCCGAGUUGGCUCUUGCGGCCGGCGGCUUGGCCCAACACGGCUCCCAGUACAUCCAUGGCGAUGAGAACGACUUUGUGCCGCCAUCCAGCAACGCCAUGGCGGUGGCGGCCGUCCAACGAGGAGAUGUUGCGUCGGUGCUGGAGCUUGCUACAGGUCUGCGCAACCUGCUGGUGACACUGGAGCAAGUGGGCGAGGAGCCGACUGGCAUUCUCAACGCGAUUGGGCUUGGCGCCAAGUCCCCGUUCAGCGUCGAGUACCGCUUUGUUGCGCGUGCUACUGCCUUGUACCUGGCCGCGCAGGUGGCCUCCAUGCCAGAGAUUUCGGCAGUCCUCGCGGCCGACCUCUCGCUGCCAACGACGCCUCCAACGGCACGAGAUGCGGCGCUGCUGCGCACCGAGGCGUCAAACCCGGUCAUCUUUGCCGCCGCGGCUACUGCUGCCACUGCAACUGGCUCCAAUGCUGCACCGGCGUCCGCUGCUGCCAACCUCGACAGGGCGCUCCGACAAUUCCAAAAGACCGCGUCGUCGCGUGCGCUCGAGCCGUUGCAGCAGCACGUCGGGUACGUGGUGGCGUUUGUCCAAGACCCGUCCCACACCCUGCUGCACACCCCUCAGUUUGUGGCCAACCUCGCCUCUCGGCUUUUACUGAACGAGCGGACCAAGUUUUUGGAUGUUUUGGCGGCGUCUCGUUGAAGCGGAUGUUUUCGUUUGUGUUUGUGUGGCUUUGUAGAAUAUGAUUUGCGUAUUUUGACA